AAGUAUCCGAUCUAUACGGUACUAUUUUUCUCGUAAUCGCCGUUCGAAAUAAAUGACACGCAAUAGCGAAGAACCAAUAAAAAACGACGCGCAAAUACAGGAAAUUUAUAAAUCAAGUGCAAAACAUAGAAACGUGUCCGUGUGUUUUGUUUUUGUUAAUCAUCUAAUAGGAAUUUUUAGUGACAGUGAAGAGUGUGGUGGCAAAGGGAUUGUUUUGGUGAUCGGGAAGGCAUGAGCGCGGCGUGACUUCCAUGCCCUGCGUUCCUACGGAAGGGCGUGCAGAUUACGUUUACUAUGAAUGAUUUUAUCUCUUUCUAAACUUGUGUAUCUGUGAAUGACCGAGUGUAACAGCGAGCGUACCGAAUUAUGGAUUAAAAAACAUUUGUUAUUGUAUUUGUGAAUUCGUACUGCAUAAUUGCGAAGCGAUCGUCGUUAGCUGGGACGAAUUUCGUUAUUUCGGCGGCGCGUAUCAUAUGGCGCCUGGUGGACUAGACCUAAUGCGGUGGUGUUACGUCGCAAGAACGGUCGACCGUUUUACUAUUUACGCACAAUUGAAAAGAGAUAGUACGUAUUUUUAGUCGCGUCGGCGGCGAGUCUAGCGACUUUUAUCGUUCGUAAACAACUUCAAGGUUAUCCGUCGCGGUCGCGCCUGAGCUGAUGCAGAACCGCUGAUAUGGCCGCGAACGCGGAGGGUGGCGCCGUGGUGCGCCAGGGCCACCUUCGGAAGUUGAAGACGAUGAAGAAGAAGUACUUCGUGCUGCGCGCGGAGACCUCGGAGAGCUCCGCGAGGCUGGAGUAUUACGAGUCGGAGAAGAAGUUCCGCUCGGGGGCGGCGCCGCGCCGCGUACUGCCGCUCAAGAGUUGCUACAACAUCACCAGACGGUUGGACUUGAAGCAGAAGCAUGUGAUAGCUCUGUUCACCAAGGAGGAGCAGCUGUGCAUUGUGGCGGACAACGAGCAGGACCUGCACGCAUGGCUCACCUCCAUACUAAAGCUGUUCCGCUCUGACGAUGCCAGUCAGGAGCUCUUGCAUCCUAUCCAGCACGUGUGGCAAGUGAACGUGCAGAAGAAGGGUCUGGGAGCGACCCGCAACAUCCAGGGGCUGUACAACUUGUGCCUCACAGACAGCACCAUAACCCUGGUCAAGAUCAAGAGCCACAACCACGUCAUCAGCGACCUCGACAUACCGGAGCGAGUGCAGUACUCGCUGAAGAAUAUACGCAGAUGCGGCGACUCGGAGUGCUUCUUCUACAUGGAGGUGGGUCGGCAGACGGUGACCGGCGCUGGCGAGCUGUGGAUGCACUCCGACGACUCCAACAUCGCCCAGAGCAUGCACUCCACCAUAUACCACGCCAUGCGCAACUGUGCGAAGGAGACGGAGAACGAGAAGGACCACAUCGUGGUGCCCCGGACUUCGCUCCUGGAGGGCUCUAACCCUCUGCCGGCGCGCAGACAGACCUACUCCGACGGCCGCGGUCGCGCGGGCCUCUACAACGACAAGGGCCUCUGUGUGGGGUCGUGUAUAAGGCAGUGCGUGUGCGCAUCCGCCACGUACUCCAUAGACGACUCGGCCGCGGCCGUCGCGCCGCUCACGCCGGCUCACGCCGACAUGUCAUAUAACACACUAACCGACAAGCCCGACCAUCCGCCGAGGGUCAUUAAACACCACCGCACCGUAUCCCUGCCCACCGGAUGUCCACUGUUUCAAGAGCCGCUGAAGAUAUCGCACGGGCGGACGUGGUCCGCGCCACUAACGGGGGAGGAGCUAGAUCGAGCGAUACUGGAGAAAACGGCUAUGCACUCGUCGUGCAAGACCGUCAAUGGAACGGGCGUUGAGACGAAGAAGCCGUGGUGUCGCCGCGCGAGUACCGGCACAAGGUUUACCAAACUCUCGCCGGCGCAUACAAAGAACGCGCCGUCGAGGAACCGCUGCGAUACGAUGCCGUCGCGCGUCAGUUCGUACGAGCCGGAGCGGCCGCAGGCGACGAGACUGAACGAGCGGGCUGAUGUGACGGAGUCGUCGUGCGAGGAGAUCGACUUCGUGACGGACUGGUGUCGCACGCCGCGCAUACCCGAGGAGCCCGACACCGAUAUUAGAGACUUCACCAGUAUGCGGACGCGCGGCGGUUCCGUGGCGUCUGUGGGCGCGGACUCGACGGACGGGUACAUGCCGAUGGCGGCGGGCUCGUGCGGCUCCGUGUGCUCGGGCACGCCCUCCACCGACCCGCGCUUCGCCGAGUACACGCUCGAGCCCGCCACCGCGCACAUCGCCGAGCCCCGCGCCGCACGGGCGUACAGCGUGGGUUCCCGCCCCCCCGGUCGUCCGGAGCCACGUCUGCGCGCGUACUCGGCGGGCGCGCGCGGUCGUCCCGCCCCCCGCCCCGCGCCGCAUGCGCGUCCCUCCGCCGACGACCUCAUGGAGCUAGACUUCUCGCCCAGCUCGCCCGCCACUAAGGUGAUAGUGGCACGCACGCCGCCUACGGCCGGGUUCGCGGUGCCACGGCGUCCCAACGUGGACGAGUACGUGGACAUGUCGCCGCGCAACGCCGGCUACGUCGAGAUGAUGCCCGGUGACCUGCCGCCCGCCGCGCUCGCACACACGCCCGUCGCCGCCCCCGCGCCCGCCUCCGUGCCCGCAGCAUCCACGCCCAUAGCGACGCCGGACGGCUACGUGGAGAUGUCUUACGGGCGAGCGGCGACGCGUCCCAUAGCCAUCGGCGCGCCGCGGUCCGCGCCGCCCGCGCCGCAGUCGCCGCCGCAGCGCGCGCCGCUCGGCUCGCAGACCAUCUUCCACAUGUCGAUAGAGUCGCCCGAGUCGCCGCCCGAGCGGUCGUCGCCCCUCCCCCCGUCGCCGCCCCUCACUACUGUGCGUGAGUUGCAGGAGCGGCGCAGCCCCGAGCCGAUAGCGGGUUCGCCGCAGUACGUGACGCUGGUGCGGCCGCCGCCGCCCUCCGUGCCCGCCACGCCCACCGCGCCCGCCACGCCCACGCCCGCUUCACCUGAAGAUGCCAAAGAGGGCGCGCUGCACUAUGCGGCCCUGGACCUGCAACCGCAGCGCGCGGCGGCGGCGACGCAGCCGCACCUCUACACGCAGAUCGACUUCGUGCGCAGCGUGUGCGCACGCACGGACGCAACUUAGAUUAGAUAAGGAGCCGACGCGGCGGCGGCGCAGGCGGCGCAGUGAACGCUAUUUAUUUAGCUCUAUUUAUUACAGAUUGUCAAACAAUCACCGUUUAGAUUAUAAAGCCAAAGCGAACGGUACUAUUGUACGAUAAAAUUUUACAGUCUUCGACAUUUGCUAGGACGAAAAUAUCUUUCGAUUCUGAUUUAAAAUUUUCUUACUACCCGCGAAAGUGGGUCUCGGGAAAAUGGGCUCUAUCGUCAGACGAUAGAGUUCAGAGUCCCGUCGAUGCAGCUGAAAUGAUUUGUAAAUAUGUGUGAACGCGCGAAACGCUUUAACUUACUGCCAUUGAUAUAAUUAUAUGUAGAGGAUAUCACGACGAUAGGAAAUUAUGAAAAACACGCUAGGCCAAAUUUCAUUUACCUACCAGACCUUUUAUUAAUCUAGCCUGUUUCAUUGUAGUAAGACAGCUUAUAUACUAGUUUUAUCUCUGUCACUCGAUAUAAAACAAGACAAGACAUACCACAUUUGGCAGAAUACUGGGAAAUGGGAAGGCUUUUGAAAACUACUUUAUUUUGUUAAAAUUAUGGUUUAAAGUACAAAAUAUAUUAAUGCUAUGUUAACAGAUUUAUAUAAUUUGGCCACUCGGUAUAUAAAAGACAAUGUAUUAUAUAUAUUAUAUUAUUGUACUUAAUUUUAUGCGAUGAAAUUUUCAUAAUUUCCAAGCGCCGUCAGAGUAUGAAAGAAAGGGCAUCCAAAGCUUUAAUAUUGCAAAUUCUAUAUUCAGCUAAACUGACUGUCGGUCACUCACAUUGAAUGUCAUGUAUCUUGUAAGACAUAAUAUAUAUGCCAUUUUAAAAUACUAAAAUGCCUCUAAUAAAAGAAAUUGCAGAUUAAUUGUAUUAUACAAAUUGAUUGUUGUUUAAUGUAUGCCAAUAAAAUAUAAAUUGUUUGUUAUGCCAAUAAUAUAUUUAAAAAAUUGUGGCAUAUUAUAUCUUGUGUCUUACUGGAUUUUGACGAAAACUUACACCGUAAGACUUUGAGUAGCUUGCUUCUGAUUAUACAUUGAAAU